AAACUAUUGCCCUAAGUGACAAGUUCGUAUGUAUUAUAACACCACUGUGGACAGUCAUACCGCUGGUCGUCGGAGCGUAAGGCCAUUUAUACAGACAGAGAAUUAUCCUGCUGAUCAGUGAGUAGGCACGGUGACUAUGGAGGAGAAGGAGGAGGAGGAUGAGGGAUGUUACCUACAGAACGGAAACAAUCACCUGUGUCAAGAGGAUCCCGACUAUCCCAGGCCUGGACACUGUCGGAUGGACAGGAGGCGGACAUCGUACGCACACCGAGCCGUGCUGGCUGUUGAGAAUGUGGCUCGUCGGAUGUCUAUGCCAGCUUUCACUGUCGACACUAUUGCACAAAACUUGGAGGAAGAAAUUGAGAGGGACUCGGAAGAACCAAAAGGGAAUUUAGAGAAAUUACGGAGAUCAGGAGAACAAAUCCUUCACAGCAAGAAGAUUCUACUCCUUAUCGUCGUGUUGAAUAUCCUAGAUUGUGCCUUAGUACUGGGGGAACUUAUCCUGGACAUACACUUCAUCAAAGAAAUGGUACAUGAAGCUCGGAACCUCACACUGAAGUUUACGACACUUUUACUUCAGCUAUUCCCAACCAUUUUCACUGGACUUGAUAUAGAGGCGGUGUCAGACGUGUUCAAUCGUGUAAUCUGGUCUAUGUCUACAUACAAUCAGACAAGUGACGUGUUUCUCAACCUCAGUACCGAUACAAACGUCACAUAUCUAUAUCGGAGCAGACGAUCGGCGGCAAUGGCGGGAUUGUACAAAGAGUACUUUACACAAGCUGACAUUCCCGCUUUCAUGGAAGCCGAUCACAAGCCUGAACUGGAGGAGGUUCUCUCGCAUGCAUUCCAUAAAGCCAGUAUAAUCAUUCUAGGCAUACUAGUUGUGUUAACAUUGAUGAAAGUAUUUUGUUAUGGAUUAACCCUGUUCAAGAAAAAGUUUGAGCUGUUUGACGGGUUUAUCGUCGUUACAUCCUUCGUCAUUGACAUUGCCUUCAUCAAAGGCAUCAUGGGAUAUCCACUAGAGGAUGCUGUCGCGACGUUGGCCUUCCUCAUCCCGUGGCGCGUGAUCAGGGUCGCCAACAGUCUGGUGAUGGCGGUAAUGGACGAGGCACAUCUUCAGCUGAAAAUGAUCUACACAGAGAAAAAGUUAGUGGAGGAAAAAUAUGAGGAAUCAGAGUCAAACCUUAAGUAUCAAAAGAACGUCAACAAGAUACUUAGGGACCUGUGUAUCAGUGAAGGAAUUCCCAUGUCUAAAAUUACCGAGAAAACAGCCGGAUGUGGUUCUGUGGCGGCCCUGAUAUCACGACUUCCAUUUCCGAUUCCAAGGCAACAAAUUCCGAAGAAGUAACCCACGUGACUUCUGGUAGAAUCGUCGAGUCAAUAUUAUAACAAUUCUGCUUGAUAACAAAAUCCGAUCCCGAUAGACUUAGUUUGUUACCGAAGAGACGUGUUUAAGUGGGGGGUUUUAGCAUUCCCCCACCCACCCAAAAAUAGUUCCGAAUCGUUUUGUGUUUAUCGUACCACAUUUACCAGGGUCUAAAUACUGGGGCCCGAGUUUAAAUAGGAGGUUUUAUUUAUAAAUACGUGUAUACUUCAUUUUUUGUCGUUGUUUUAACAAGAAGUAGAUUUACAAUUAACGCUUCAAUUAUACAUUCUUAUUAUUGAUAGAUUUUUGAAUAUUCUAAUGUUUUUAAAAUUGAUAUAUUGAAGGGCAUGUAUUGACUUCAUCUAAAUGGACAAAUAACGUAUGAACACUGAUAAUUAUAUGUACGAAUUAUACAUUAUCAUUUUAUCAUAUUGAAGUAAGUCAUAAUAUUUUUCUCAUUCACUUUUACAGAAAUGCCACUCUUUAUAAUAAAAGGAAAGAAAAGAAUACCUUUCAGAAGUAUACGGAAGAUAAGAAAAAGACUCAAUUGUUUCUCUAACCCCGAGGACAGUAAUUCACUGCCAUAUACCACUCACAGACACCUGUAUAGAAAAAACGGAAUUUAUUCUGUAGAUCCUUACAUUUCCUCUGACGACGGGAAAACCACGCCGUCUGAAGGCACACUUUCCAGACAUUCCACUGUGCAAUCUAUUCCGGAUGUGGCACCGGAUGUGGCACCGGAUGUGGCACCGGAUGUAUUACAAGAGGUUAAAAUUCAAAUAACUUCGGCAGAGGAAGAUGUAAAAGACACUUCCGGUAUUAUUGCCAAUGACGAUGUAAUAGACGGUAAGGAACACCAAGGACACAGCCCAGGACGGUAUAGAAAGGCACACAAUUAUGUCAAAAGGAACCACCUGGAGACAACUGUUAUUGAGA